AUUACAUAGUGUAGAAGAUAAUAAAAAUUAAGGAUUUGAGUUUGUAAAGAUUGAUAAAAGAAUGUGGCUUUCAAAAGAAAAUUCAGAAAAAAGAAAUACAUCAAAUCAAUUGGUUGCAGUUGCAAUAGACAGGGAUAAAGGAAGUCAACAUGCUCUAAAAUGGGCAAUUGAUAAUCUUCUUCAAAGAGGGCAAACAGUUGUGCUUGUUCAUAUUAAAGUUAGGCCUUCUUAUGGCUCUUCUCCCCAUAUUGUUAUCAAUGGUAGACAAUGGGAUCAACAAACAAAGGAUUUGUUCCUCCCCUUUCGUUGUUUUUGCACGAGGAAAGAUAUACAAUGUCGGGACAUCGUGCUUGAAGAUUCAGAUGUUCAAAAGGCAUUGAUAGAGUUUGUUACCCAAUCCGCAGUUGAAGUUUUGAUCAUGGGUGCUUCUUCUAGAAAUUCGAUCUUGAGCAAAUUCACCAAGACAGAUACUCCUACGGCAGUAUCAAAAGGAGUACCAGAAUUUUGUAGCGUUUAUGUAAUUUCAAAAGUAGGAAAAAUCUCAAAUACUCGAUCUGCAUCUCGUCCACCUCCAAUUGUUUCGCCUCUUCGAAAUCAAAUUAUGAAUCAGCCAACAAGUGCCCCGGUUUCUCCUCCUCGCGGUAAAAUAAAACGGUCGGAAAAAACAACACCAUCUGGAUCACCAUUUAAUGGAUUUGAAGACAUGGAUUUUAAAUCGGCCUUCACUCGAGGGGGUAGACAUCCACAUGUUAGAUCUUACGGUGACAUCCUAUCGGACAACGAUAUCUCAUUCGUAAGCUCGGGAAGGGCAAGUGUUGAUCGCAUGCUUCCUUCAACCUAUGAUGUUUUUGAAGAAAGGAGGAGCACUAGUACUAAUAGAUUAUCAUCAAGCUCCGAAAAUGAUUUUAUAAACGAAACUCCUCAACGAAGGUCCUUUGCGGACACUACGCCUUUGUCUAGCCCUCCUCCUAAUUUUUCUAAUUACUCUUUUCAUGACAACUCUAACUCGAAUUGGUCAUCAAACACGCAAUCCCAAUCAAUGGAUGAUGUAGAAGCUCAAAUGAGAAAGCUAAAGAUGGAGUUAACGCAAACAAUGAAUAUGUACAGCAAUGUUUGCAAAGAAGCACUUACAGCAAAACAAAAGGCCCUUGAGCUCCAACGGUGGAAAGUAGAAGAAGAGCGUAGAAUGGAUGAAGCUCAAGAUUCCGAGGAGUCGACAGAAACAUCAUUCAUAGAGAAGAAUAAAGCUAAAUCAAAGGCAUCCAUUGAGGCAUCGGAAGCACAUAAAAGACUACUCGAACUCGAGGCACAAAAAAGGAUCAGUGCCGAAAUGAAAGCACUAAAGGAAGUAGAUGAAAAGAACAAGGAUGUGGAUCGUAUAACCACAGCCAUAAGGUAUAGGAAGUAUACAAUAGAAGAGAUAGAAAUAGCUACUGAAUACUUUACCGAAGCACGAAAGAUUGGAGAAGGAGGAUAUGGCCCAGUUUUUCGAUGUCACUUAGAUCACACAUUAGUUGCUGUUAAGGUGUUACGCCCUGAUGCUGCUCAAGGAAGAUCUCAAUUUCAACAAGAGGUUGAAGUUCUUAGUUGCAUUAGACACCCUAACAUGGUUCUUCUACUGGGAGCUUGCCCGGAGUAUGGAUGCUUAGUUUAUGAGUACAUGCACAAUGGUAGCCUCGAGGAUCGUCUAUUCCGGCGAGGUGAGACCACGGCACUCAGUUGGCAACAUAGGUUUCGUAUUGCAGCAGAAAUUGCCACAGGCCUCUUAUUCCUACACCUAACGAAGCCAGAGCCGUUGGUGCAUCGAGACUUGAAACCGGCCAAUAUUCUCCUAGACCGCACCUUAGUUGCCAAGAUUAGUGAUGUAGGCUUAGCUAGGCUAGUUCCCCCGAGUGUUGCCGACGAGGUUACGCAGUAUAGGAUGACCUCCACUGCUGGUACUUUUUGCUACAUUGACCCUGAGUAUCAACAAACAGGUAUGCUUGGUGUGAAAUCAGAUGUGUACUCCCUAGGCAUAAUGCUUUUGCAACUGAUAACGGCGAAAUCACCAAUGGGCUUAACACACCAUGUUGAGAGAGCAAUUGAGAAAGGAACAUUCAAGGAUAUUUUGGACAAAGAAGUUACAGAUUGGCCUAUUGAAGAGGCUUUAAAAUUUGCUAAACUAUCACUUCAAUGUGCUGAGUUGAGAAGGAGAGAUAGGCCCGACCUCGGAACGAUUGUGUUGCCUCAACUUUGCUUUUUAAGAAAUAUAGCAGAGGAGAGUUUGGAUGCUAUGACGUUUCGCGACACAUAUGGAGCUUACAAUUCUAAAUCAUCUAAUAGCCAAGUCUCCGAUUCAUUAAGCAGUGCACCUUCUCAUGAAAGUUGGAAGAGCUCAACUUUUAGUGGAGAGUAACAAAAACAUAUCAAAUAGCAUGAAUAUAUGUGAGGGGAAAAACGAAGCUUUUAGGCUCUAUUUGAAACUAGAUUUUGAAGUAGAGAUUAGUGGUUUGACGAGAUCAAAUCUCUAGUUGGAAGAAAAAGAUAGAUUUAUGUUUUGAUAAAGAAAACCUAAUCUUCAUAGUCGGAAACAAUAAUAAGUGGGUUAAUGCAUUAGGUAGAUGGCAAAGAUGAUCCACAAAUACAAGUGGUGCAUAAUUUUACACAACAAAUUUUGAAAUUGUAAUUAUUAAUUUAGGAAAAUUUUCAAUCAAUACAUAUAUACAAGUUUGUAAGCACAAUUAAACUUGA